AUGGGAAUUAUGGAGAGGGACAGUAUUCAAACAAUAACUCAAAUAAACAGAGACUUAAAGCCGAUGCAGAGUGAAGAUUCUCAGUCACAGGUUUGUUGUGGAGGAUGUCAAAGGAAACUUCAAAGUCUUUUACCAGUGAAUUAUAAAGAUGAACUUUUACAGGUGCUAAAACUGGCUGGACCAGUGUUUAUAUCUCAGCUGAUGAUCUUUCUGAUCAGUUUCGUCAGCACUGUGUUCUGUGGACACUUGGGAAAAACUGAACUAGCUAGUGUUGCUCUGGCUAUUGCUGCUAUUAAUGGUACGGGUAUCUCAGUUGGCUCCGGUUUGGCUUCUGCAUUUGAUACGCUCAUCUCACAGACGUUUGGCAGUAAUAAUCUGAAGCGGGUGGGUGUGAUACUGCAGAGAGGGAUUCUCAUCCUCCUAUUGGCCUGUUUUCCCUGUUGGGCGCUGCUCAUCAACACAGAACCCAUCCUCCUGGCUGUAAAACAGAGCCCCAGGGUGGCCAGUCUGUCACAGCUCUAUAUAAACAUAUUUAUGCCUGCUUUGCCUGCUUCAUUUAUGUAUCAAUUGCAGGGAAGGUAUCUUCAAAAUCAGGGUAUUAUUUGGCCUCAGGUCAUCACAGGAGCAGUUGGGAAUGUCCUCAAUGUUUUAAUAAACUACAUCUUCCUUCAUCUACUUGAUCUUGGUGUAGCAGGAUCUGCUGCAGCGAACACCAUUUCUCAGUAUUCAUUAGCUGUGUUUCUCUAUGUCUACAUUCGCUGGAGAGACCUACAUAAAGCCACAUGGAGUGGUUGGUCUCGUGACUGUCUGCAGGAAUGGAGUGGCUUUAUUUGCCUGGCUCUUCCCAGCAUGCUCAUGCUUUGUGUCGAGUGGUGGGCCUAUGACAUUGGUGGAUUCCUUGCGGGGCUCAUCGGUGAGACUGAACUUGGGGCCCAGUCUAUUCUCUAUGAGCUGGCCAAUAUUACAUAUAUGUUUCCUCUGGGGUUUGCGGUGGCCACUGGUGUGAGGGUGGGAAAUGCACUCGGGGCUGGAAACACAGAACAAGCCAAACUUUCUGCCAAAGUCUCUUUAGUCGGUGCACUACUUGUUGCUAUUGUGACUGCAACAACUAUUGGAGCUUCCAAGGACAUUAUUGGCUACAUCUUCACCACAGAAGAGGAAAUUGUGCAGAGAGUUUCCAACGUCAUGAUCAUAUAUAGCUUUGUUCAUCUAUUUGAUGCUGUUGCAGCUGUUACAGGUGGAAUAGUCAAGGGUGCUGGAAAGCAAGCCAUUGGUGCUCUUUAUAACAUUGUUGGAUAUUAUUUUGUGGGAUUCCCAAUGGGGGUUUCCCUGAUGUUUGCAGUCAACAUGGGCAUUAUGGGUUUGUGGGUUGGGUUUUUAGUUUGUGCCUUCUUACAGUCUUUGUUCUUCAUCGUUCUCAUUUGCAAACUAGACUGGAAGAAAGCCACUCAAGAGGCCUUGGUCAGAGCAGGAGUACAACAACCUGAUACCACGAUUGAAUCCUAUGCGAUGGAAAGCAUGGGCUGCACAGAAGAGAUGUCACAGGUGGCCCAAAACAUUGAAGGAGGCCAAACAGAUGCAAAAACAGACUUCGAAGCUUUGAGUAAAGCAGAAGGAGGACUUACAGAGGCUGUUGCACUGGUCACAGUUGGAGAGGUCUUGACCACCAAGCAGCUGGUGGUCCGUCGAGGACUUGCUGUUUUCUUAAUGCUGCUUAUAUUAACUGCAGGGAUUGUGUGGAAUGAGAUGCUGACAGACUUUCUCAGAUAGAUAACUUUUUUAUUCUGUGCCAAAAUCUGAUUUUUAUAUAGCCACACACCACAUUCACCUAUUAAAUGGUUUCUUUUUCACAGUAGCAUCCCAGCU